AUGCGGGCGUCGGACCGGCUGCGCCUGCUGGGCCCGAGCGAGCACGGGAGCCUGCGGUCGGCCCCCCAGAAGUACGGCGGCCGCGGCGGCGAGCCCGGCGGCGUCUGGUCCGCCGCCGGCGCGCUGCUCGGGCGGAGCAAGCAGUGGUACCGCGAGCGCCGCAAGAUGGACCUCGAGAUCGAGCAGUCGCCGCUCGAGUCGAAAUUCAGCGCCCAGCUCCAGGACCUCAUGGGCCAGGAGGAGCAGAUCUGCGCCAUGGGGCCGGACUACGUCCAGGGCCGCGCCGCGCAGCAGGCCGCGGCGACCUUCGCGAAGGUCGACGAGCUCCUCGCCGUCGAGACGAAGCGCUACUUCGAGACGCAGAGCCGCUACAACCAGCAGCGCUGGCAGUCCCUCUUCCGGCGCCACGCCCAGGAGCAGUCCCGGUUCCACGAGGAGCUCGACGCGCGCAUGCGCGCGGUCGCGCAGCACGUCGGCGCGGCCGUCGACGCCGCGGCGCCGGAGCCCGCGGACGGCGGCGACGACGCGUCCUGGGCCUGGCCCUCCGCGUCGUCGCCGACGGCGGCGCAGCAGGCGGCGGCGCGCCCCGCGCCCGGCGGCGACGACGCGGACGCGGACCGGCGCUUCGACGACGCCGAGCGGCGCAUGCGCCAGGGCAGGAAAAGGGUGAUUCAACGCAUGCGCGCGGCGACGGCGGCCGCGUGGCGCGAGCACGAGCUCUUCAACCUGAGCUGCGCCUUCGGGCUGCAGCUCGCGCGCGUCGACGCCGAGUGGGCCGCCUACGAGUCGCGGCUCAAGCAGGAGGUCGACGCGCGGCUCGGCGCGCUCGACGCGCGGCGGACGGACGCCGCGCCGCCGGAGGUCGCGGAUCACGGAGCGGCGCCGAGGCAGUGGCGCGACAAGGAGAAGCAGAGCCGCCUCGUCCACACGGCGCCCGUCUUCGAGCCCGACGCCCAGCAGGACGGCGCCAUGCCCAAGAUCGCCGUGUCCGGCCGCGACGAGGGCGGCGACAAGCGGCUCUUCAGCAACGGCUCGCAGCCGCGCGCGCGGUCGCCGGCCAAGGGGACCCGGCCGGGCGCGCCGGCGCGCCCGGCGGCGGCGCCGUCCGUCGCCGACGACGCCGAGCGCCAGGUCGCGGAGCUCCGGAAGGGCUACGCGAAGGCUUUGGACCGCGUCGAAUUCCAGAAGGCGAACGCGAAGAAGUGGAUCCACCGCCAGAAGACGCGCAUGACGAUCCAGAUCGACGCCUGCGACCCCGUCUGCCGCUUCCUCGCGUCGCGGGUCGCGGCGGCGACGGAGAGCGACGGCUCGAAGGCGCGGCAGGCCGCGGCGUUCGACGCGCGGAUCAAGGCGCACCUCGGGGCGACGCGCGCGGCCUCCGAGGCCGCGGCGGCGCAGGCGGCGCCGUCGGCCGCGGCGCCGCGGUCCGCGGCCGCGCCGGGCCUGGGGCCGGGCCUGCCCCUGCAGAACCACGCGGCGUUCCCGGCGCACGACGGUUCGGGCCGGCGGCGCCCGCCGACGUCCGACGCCGUCGUCCGCGGCGGCGGGCGCAGUCAGCGCAACCCGCACCACCUCCAGCAGCUCUCGAAGUCCUUCGGCGGCUCCUUCCCCGCGAGCGGCGCGGGCGCGAACCCAUACGCGAAGGCGGGCGGCCGCCGGCCGAACACGUCGGGCGCGCCGUCGCGGGGCCGCGUCCGCGGCGGCUUCAGCCCCAUCCACAACGCGGGCGCGCGCAAGGGCGUCGACGCCUCGGGCCUCGGCGAGGCGUCCAUGAAGGCGACGCCCCUCCGCAUGCACAGGCGGCGGGCCUACGCCGCGCCGCUGCUGGCGGCCGUCGGGCUCGCCGGGGCCGCCUUCCUCGGGGCGGCCUACGUCUCCGGGGCGCGGCCGGCCGGCAACCUCCUGUCUUUGGCCGCCGACGCGACGUCGCUGCGCAGCGCGACGGACGUGGCGCCGCCGCAGCCGCGCCUCAUCGUCCAGAGCGAGUACGAGCAGCGCCUGGGCAUCCCCAUCGGCGACGGCCUCUACGGCCACGUGAACCUGGUCGAGCUCCACGUGAAGACGCGGCUGACGCUGGCGUUCCCGGACGCGCGGACGGAGGUGAACGUGGGGUCCAUCCGCUGGGAGAUCGGGGGCACGGACGGCGCCGAGGGCGACCUCCCGAGCGGCCGCCAGGUCGAGGCGCGCUUCGUCCAGCUCGGCCUCCACCGCGUCGCCGUGAAGUCGGAGUCGGACGUCGACUACCACUUCCACGUGACCGCGCGCUACGUGCGGCGCGAGAUCCGGGAUCUGACGGACGCGGACCGCACGCGCUACCUCGACGCGCUGGCCAUCGUCUACCGCACGCCCCAGGCCGACGGCGAGAAGUUGUACGGGUCGAAUUUCAAGUCCGCGGCGUGGUUGGUGCGGGAGCACUUGUACGGCGCCGCGGACCGGUCCUGCGACCACUGGCACGACGACGCGGGCUUUUUGAACCACCACGUCGCCGUGACCAUGCAGCUCGAGGAGUCGCUCCAGGCCGUGGACUCGAAGGUCGCGAGCCACUACUGGGACUACACCGUCGACGCGGUCCUCGGCAAGAACUACUCCCGGUCCGUCUUCUUCGACGAGGCCUGGUUCGGCGACUCGAGCCCGGCGCCGGAGCAGGACCACGUCGUCAACACGGGCCGGUGGGCCUACACGCCCGUCCUGAAGGGCGCGGAGGCGCGCGCGUUCUCGAACAUCACGAACCCCUACGGGCUGCUGCGCUCCCCCUGGAACACGAACCCCAUCCCCUACCUCAUGCGCUCCAAGUACACCAUGGGCGUCGAGGACGCGCUCUACCAGAUGCCCGCGUGCGCGGACUUCCACGAGCGCUUCGUGCAGCUCAUCCGCCUCCUAUCCGCCAAGGGCGUCAUGACCUUCGACGACACCUGGGAGUACACGCACAUCACGUCCGUCCUCAGCGACACGCGCGUCGUCUGCGACUGGUCCGCCGUCGAGGCCGAGGAGGCCGCGACGGGCGCGACGAACGUCUUCGCCAAGCCCGAGUGCUACCAGAACACGACGUGCCCGGGCCACAAGGCCGACGACGUGCUGCCCUUCACGGGCCUCAGCUGGGCGACGGACGUCACGUUCACGAACGCGCAGUUCUACACGGCCAUCUCGCCGUCGAACACGAACCUGCCCUACGUCUACGACAAGCUCACGACGUGGCCCGCCUGCGUGAACCGGACCAUCAUCCCCCACGAGUGGCAGGGCACCAUCGACACGCUCCUCGACUCCGAACUCCACUGA